GUAUAUUCUACCAGGAAAUCAUGGCAAAAUCCUAUGUGCCUUGUUCCAAUCUGAAGACCGCCGGGCUUGUUGUCGCAGUAGUGGAGCUAUUCCUCUGCGCCUUGGCUGUAUAUGGAUUGUUCCGGAAUUUCCACUUAUUUGGCUCAAACUACUUUAUUUGGUUCCUUCUUGGCAUUAUUUCAGUGUUUAUUAUUUUAAUCGCAAUUGCUCUUUUCGUCUACGCAAUCAAAUCGGAAAAUGCUCGCUGGCUAAUUCCACAUUUGUCGGCGCAGAUCUUUUUGGUGAUUUUCCUGAUUUUGGUCGCAGUUAUUGUAGCGAUUCUGAUGCUUUUUGGCGCUUAUCGUGGAAUUCGAAAUCUUCUUGGAGUGAGCAACUAUUAUAUGAGUGAUGACUCAACCUUCCUGCUCGGCAUCAUGAUUAUCGUUAUCUACCUCCUGGUGGCACUUCUUGAGAUUUUCUUCCUUUACAUUGUUUAUCGUCUGUAUAAACAUCUCUGCCACUACGAAUCAAUCGAUAAUGAGAAUCGAGUCAAUUGGCAAGUGGUCAACGACUUCCCCAAGGAUAAUAAGCAUGGCUCCGUAGCCAUGGGAGAUCAGUAUCCAUAUGGAGAUGAGAGAAGAAAUGAUGCAAAUAAUGGACAGAGAUAUUUGUAAAAAUUGAUAAUAUUUCAAGUUUUUUGGAAAAAAAGUGACGAUUUUUGAAAAAAAAAAUUUCAAAAAAUUCAAAAAAAUUUUUUCGGAAAAAUCGAUAUUUUUAUGAUUUUUUAUUUUACUUUGUAAACCAAUAAAAUAUUAUUUUGGCAAU